AUGGAGCCAUUUCAACAAGCUUAUAAGUUGGAAAGUUACAGAAGGAGGUUGGGGCUAGAGACUGCUAUCUGCAAUGUUUCUGGCAAAAUAUGGGUCUUUAUUGAUGAGGAAUAUGAAGUUUCUGUAUUGAUUGAUAGUGUACAGCAGCUCACUUUGAAGUUGUUCAACUGGGAUCUUAAUAUAGAGAUGGUGGUCACACUGGUUUAUGCUAACUGUGAUAGAACUGAAAGAAUUGAAUUGUGGGACUCUUUAUAUAAUCUUGCUUCUGACAUGUCUGUUCCAUGGCUAGUAGGUGGUGACUUUAAUGUCAUUACUGAUGAAGAUGAGAAGUACGGUGGAUUACCAGUAUCUUUGAAUGAAGUUGAAGAUUUCAGGCAUUGCAUUCAAACAUGUAAUCUCACUGAUUUGGGGUACAAGGGAAGUGUUUUUACAUGGUGGAACGGGAGGGGGGCAGAUGAUUGUGUAUUCAAAAGGCUGGAUAGGUGCUUGGGUAAUUUUGAACUUCAACAGUUGUUUCCAGGUUUGGAAAUCACACAUUUGAUCAAGUUGGGAUCAGAUCAUUCUCCUUUGUUGUUAGAAUGUAAGCAGCAAGUCCAACAGUUCAAGAAAUCUUUCAAAUUCUUAAACUUUUGGACCAAGCAUGUUACUUUUCUUGAUGUUGUAAAGGAGAAUUGGGAAACAGAUGUGGUUGCUAAUUCCUUUAUGACAUUCAAUGUAAAGUUGAAGAAAUUGAAGAAAAUUUUAUCAGUUUGGAGCAAAGCUACUUAUGGUGAUAUAUUUCAACAGAUAACCAAUUUGGAAGAAGUUAUUAAGGCUCAUGAAGUACUUUUUAAAGCUGACCCUUCCUUUGCUAAUAGGGAAAAGCUAAUGAAAGUGCAGGCAGAACUUACUAGAGUCUUGCAUUUGGAGGAAGAAUUCUGGAAACAGAAAGCAGGCAUGAGCUGGUUUGAAGAUGGUGAUAAGAACUCAAAAUUCUUCCAUGCACAUGUAAAUGGUAGAAGAAAGAUGUUGCAGUUGAAGAGAAUUCAAAAUAGUGCUGGCCAGUGGAUUGAUAAUGAGUAG